GUUGGAACGUAACUUCGAAAGCAGCGAUGGCCGACCCAAGCCACUCGGACGGCGGCGACUCGUCGUAUGGCGAGUACGCACUGCAUGACGCUGUCGAACGCGGCGACCUCGACGCGCUGCAGACGGCUCUGGACGACGACGACGAGGCCUUCUUCACGGCGCUGCGCGAGCCCGAUGACAUGGGCAACACGCCGUUGCACACGGCCGUCUUGCACCCGACGGACGCGGUACUCGCCUUCCUCUGGGGCUUUGGCCACGACAAGCUCUCGGUCGACUCGCUCUGCAACGGCGUCCCGCUUCUUCAUCUGUGUCUGCGCAUGGCGGCCUUUCCCGAGCACCGCGAUCGCAUGCUCGCCUUUCUGCGCACGCUCGUGGCCGACGCCGCCUUCAUGGCCGACCACCGACUUCUCGAGAAGGACGACAUGGGCAACACCGUCUUCCAUCUCGCCGCCGCCGUGAAUCUGCCGGCCGCGAUCGAUCUCUUCUACGGCGCCUUUAGCGAGCCCGACGUCCCGCUGACGGUGCUCCUCGAGACGAAGAACCGCGCCGGCAACCGCGUUCUGCACGUCGCUGCCAAGUACAAGAGCGCGCAGGCUGCAGCGCGUCUCGUCGAGCUGGGCGCCGACGUCUUUGCGACCAACUCGUACGGCCAAUCGCCCUUGCAUCUGGCCGCGGCGCUCCAGGACGAAGCGACCUUGACGGCGCUGUCCGCCGACUGGAAGGGUCUUGCGUGCAAGGACGGUCUCGGGCGGUCCCCACUCGAUAUCGUUUCCAGCAUCUCGACGCCGGCGCUGCCGACCUCGACGUUUCUCUUCCACCCGGACGCGAUGGAGCACUUGCCGCUCGCGGGGCACAUUCGGGGCGGGACCGAGCCGCCGCCCGAAAACUACGAGCGCAUGAAGACGCUCGUGACGCCGGGCCUCGGCAUCCUCCGCACGGCGCCGUUCGCUUCGGUGCAGUGGGCGCACGACAUUCCUGUCGCCGACGCCGCCGACGUCCUCCGCGUCCACGAAGUUGGGUACAUUGAGAAGCUCAAGACCAUGUGCGCCCGCAUUCCACACCACACCAAGCUCACCAAGGCACAGAUGGACGAGUACGCUCAGUACUGCAUCGACCCCGACACGGCCUUGUCGCAGCAGUCGUACUUGGCCGCGACCCGGGCCGCCGGCGUCGUGUGCGCGGCCGUCGACAAGGUCGUACGUGGCGAGACGCGCAAUGCGUUUUGCGUCGUGCGGCCGCCGGGGCACCACGCGGGGCCCGUCGGCAAGGUCACGUGCCCGCACGACCCGGUCGGCAGCCAGGGCUUUUGCCUUCUGAACAACGUCGUCAUUGGCGCGGCGUAUGCGCGCAGCCACUUUAAGCACCAAGGCAUCCACAAGAUUGCGAUUCUGGACUUUGACGUACAUCACGGCAAUGGCUCGGAAGAGUGCCUCAAGCAGCUCAAGCCGCGCACCAAGACCUUCCCGCUCGAGACGCCGUACGGCAGCAGCGCACAGACCGUCCACAUGUACAAGCCAUGGCGCAACGAAGACGAUGCCGACAAUGUCUUUUUCUGCUCGGUGCACGGCUAUGGCAAGAAGGACCCGAAACUAGAGCUCGACGCGUCGUUCAACAAGGCGUGGUUUUAUCCUGGCUCGGGCGCGACCAACGUGCCCGACUGCGAGCACGACCACGGCGAGCCGCCCGAGGCCGACGAGGCCGACUACCCGCUGCUCUGGAACAUUGGCUUGCCGUACCAAAAGGGGCACCAGGCGCGGCAGGAGUGGCGCCGCGUCUUCCGCACCAAAGUCCUCCCCCAAGUCGUCGCGUUCCAACCGGACUUGAUCUUUCUCUCGGCCGGCUUUGACGGCCACAAGGCCGAGCUCGUCAACUGGGGCUACCUCGGCCUCCUCGAGCACGACUACGAGUGGCUCACGCAGUCGGUCGUCAAGGUCGCGAACGCGGUCUGCGGCGGCCGCGUCGUCUCGGUGCUUGAAGGCGGCUACAACUUUCACGGUCGCAUCGCAUCGUCGUUUGCUCGGAGCGUCGCGGCCCACGCCCGCGCGCUCGUCACCGGCGCACAGUCGGACGAGCCGUGGUCGGACGCGGCCAUGGCGCACGAGAUGCAGUGUGAAGACACGUUGAUUCUCGAGGCGGCGCAGAAGAAGGCCCGAGCGGUCUUCCGCAAGUCGUUGGAUGUCAAGCCGCCACGUGGUGACGAGGCAAUUGCCGGCGAAGCUGCCGCAGUGCCCGUGCGCGCGACGAAGCGGGCGCGCAAGGACGUCGACUACGUGGCGCUCGCUGCGCAGUUGGCGUCCGAGAAGACAUCGUAGAACGCGUAUUUCAUCUGGAUUGUAACCCUACACUUGACACGAGGUGUGCACCUCCAGCGCAAUUG